AGGACUGUUUGAGAGAGUUUAGGCGGACAAAUGUACAUAAAUAAAAUACAAUAAUUGUUAUAUAAAUAUAUUUUAGGAACAGAAAUCGAUAUUUUAGGCUUGUGGAUUAUGGAUAGGAAAGGAACCGUCAGGAGAGCCACUUCGGCGGGUUAUCGUUUACCGGAGCGACCGAGCGUCGCCCUCGCCUCGCAGUCCUCGGUGUCUGUGGUGAGACCCUUGCCGGGCAGGGCACGAAGCAACGAGCCGCCGGAGCGAGAUAUCGACACCCGAGACCCGGUAAAACAGGACCAAGUCUGGCGGGAGUUCGUGCACGCCGAGCAAACCGGAGCGAAGGAAUGGGAGAAGAACUGGGGCUUUCUGAAAGACUUUGACCAGCUGGGUCGCCCCAGGGCGGAGCCCCCCCUCCCCAGCUAUGUGCCUCUGUACUCCGACACAGUUCCCAACACCACCAACCAGACGUUUGGCAGCCGGGUGUGUACUGAGCUGGGUAAAGAGCUGAUGCGGAUCGACAAGCUGCUGAUUCUGACGGCAUCACACCGAAAGACCAAACGGAGUCCUGAGAUGCAGCCCUGCUGACAGACGGUCACAACCGUUAUCUUAGCUGAGAGAUUUUAGCUGCUGAAGAACCAAAACAUCUCCAAACAGAACUAACUCUACCCUGCUAGAAAGACGCCUUUAAUGGACUCGAUGUUAAAUGUGAACAUCAGGAGUAAAAUAUAUAACGUCAGCGCAGUUAUUAUCAAAAGCGUGUAAACAGGCGGACAAAAUCUGUGCUGAUGUAUUACAAUCAUAUGGAAACAACAGACACAUUUGAAUCAAGCACAUUCAGUAAUUUGUGCGGAAAAGAUUUAGUUUUAAUGCUAAAAUGAGAAUUGUGCUCUAAAAGGCUCGGCUUGGUGCACAAAUACUGUAUACACUACUGUGUAAAAGUCUGGAAUCACUUUUGAAUAAUCCGUUUUGCUGCCGACGCAUGUAUAACGGUUAUGAUACGAUGCUAAUAUUCUAUAGGUUUCAAACAAUUUAUAGGAAGCUGUACAAAUUCGGAAAUGUUCCAUCAUAAACGGAGCUGUAGAUGAUCCCAUUAUCAUGGAGAAAGCUGUACAGCAGGGGUUUUUCAUUAAAAUCCAAAAAGGUCCAGUUAGAGAAAAUUUCCUGAAGCGAAGGUCCAGAACAUCAUUACGUCUGACCUGCAUCACGACUCAGUGCCUUAUACUGUUUACUGAAGUAGCCGAGUAGGAAUAUCAACAUCUUAUACAGUCGACAGCUGAAUAUCAGAUCAAAUGAAGUCCAGUUCGGUCAGAUUUCAACACCAUUUACUGAAUAUCAGAUCAAAUAAAGUCCAGUUCGGUCAGAUUUCAACAACAUUUACUGAUAAUAAUGAAAUAAUGAAAUUAAUAUUCAGAAUUUCUCAUAUUUGAAAAGCGAAAAUCGAAAAAUCUCACUGAUAAUAAAAAUUUUAUGACAAGAAAUUACUGUACAUUUAAAAAAAGGGUUCUUCAUGGGGUUCUUUAGUGAAGAAAAUGGUUCCAUAUAGAACCGUAAACGCUCAAAGGGCCCUUUACAUGAUUAAAUGGCUCUUUACAUCAUGAAAAGUUCUUUGGAUUGAUGGAAAAUGGUUAUGAAUGUGGAUAGAUGGUUCUAUAUAGAACCUUUUUGAAAAGAGUUCUAUAUAACACCCAAAAGGGGCUCUUCUGUUGUUGUAAGCUUGACAUUGUAACAAUAGAAGAACGCUUUGUGGUGCUAUAUAGAACCAAUUUCAUAAACACUGUAGAUUGUGUGAGGAUAUGCUUUGUAUGGUUCUAUAUAGAACCAUUUUGAAAAUGGUUCUGUAUAGCACUCAAAAGGGUUCCUCAGUUGUUGUAAGCUUGAUAUCGUAAAAAUAGAAGGCUUAUUGGUGCUAUAUAGAACCCGUUUCAAAAAGGUUCUAUAUAGGACCAUCUACAGAAAAUUCAUCAAUCUCAAGAACAAUUUCAUGAUGCAAAGAAUCCUUAAAUCAUGCAGAGUGUUCACGGUUCUAUAUAGAACCAUUUUCUUUAGUGGGUUCUUUAGUGAAGAAAAUGAAACGAAGCUGCAAAAACAGCUCAUUUUGAAUUAAAUGAGUUUAUCGUGUCUCAAUAACCAGCACAUUUACAUAAGUCCUCUUAUUCAGUUUAGCCCCGCCCACUCACAGUAACCUUAUAAGGGAUGUUUCAGCCCAGACCACUUUUUGAAUGAGGGCAGCCAAUCAGAACAAAGCUCAUUUACCUAUAUCAGUCUUUAAGGCACAGUAACAAAAACAGCCUGUUUAAUUAUAAGGCAUAAAGAGAAGCUGGAAAAUGGUCAUGUUAAAAUGAAAUAUGAUAAGAUCUCCCAAAUGUCAUAGAUGGACCUGAGGAGUGAAAAAAAGGAAAGAGAAUUGUAGGAUAUGGGAAUUUUAAAUUGGGAAUAAACACUGUAUAAUUGUUGAAUAUUAUAUAAGAGUUAUUUCCAGCCACGCGAGCUGAUUGGUUGAGAAGCGUUCUAACCGGGCGGUUAUUUCACCCUAACAUCACAGGCUUUUCACAAACACUAUCACUCCACUGAGACGCCGUUGCUAAGCAACGACUCUGACAGCUGUAGGAGACGCUCGAGCCAUUUGAACAUUUUUACCUCUUACUUUGCCACAAACAGAAA